AUGAGUGAAACUGACGACACUGAUGUCCUUCUCUUGAUUACACCAAACUUCUUCUUGGUACCAAGUUCAGAAUCGGAGAACUCAUUGCUGGAAUCUUCACGAACUGUCGUUCAUAAACCGGUUACUUGCACCGCACAAGUGCUUGGCAAACUUGUCAAUCAAGUGCAUUCACUUGAGUCUAGGUUAGAAGACCUCGAACUAGACUCUACCAUAAGCGCCAAUUCUCAUAAAAAACAAAACUGGGCUUCUGAUAGUUUUGAAAAUCGUAGUGCCAACGGCAAAUGCUUCACAUUCCCUAGGAGACGUCGCCGCAAAAUUAAUAAGAGGCAUAUUGGUAGAGAGGCUUCAUUGACGAGCUUAGACACGGUGGGCUCGCGGAAUAAAACUGUGCCUAGCCUCAAUCUGGGUGAUUCCAAAAGAACCCUUCGCUUAUAUGAAACGCAAAGUAUGGAUGGUGAUAUAAGUAGUAUAGUAUCCACACCAAGUAAGAAAAACGAUAAACUAUUUCUCAAUGAAAUUGAUGAUUUCCUCACUAAAGUUGAAUCUUAUGAAGCACCAGAAACAAAGGCUGAGAUAGAAGAAACUUUACACCCAGAUAAUGUAAUAAAGGCUACAGGUGAUUAUAUAACAAACAAAUAUGAUCCUAAAAAAUCUCCAGACAAUGUGGUGCUGCCUAGUGGACGGACAGUGUCUAGUAAUGUCUUGGAUAAGUAUAUUUAUUUGGUUAAAAAUCAUCAGAGUGCUGUACUCCCCGGUCGUAACAAAGAACAAGAACCAGCUAGGUCCUCUGAGAAACAAGAAAUUAAGUCACCCAGUGUAAGGAAACUAAAUUUCUCAGAUAAGGACUUACAACCAACUUCUACACCUAAACGUCAGCAGUCUACUAGCAGUUAUUCAGAGUUUAGACCCUCAUCUAACAAGGUAUAUGACCGAGCAACAAAGAUAGUUGAACAUUAUAAAAGUCAAAAUUAUAGUAAGGAAUACCCAACAUCAAUGACGGAUAGCUCAAAUAAGGAAGAAUUUAAAAUGCCACAAAUGAGACCUUUUGGUUAUGACACAAAAGAGGGGUUGAGGAUGCAGUUUGAUUCCAUAGACACAGAUUUAUUAAGUUUAAGUGAACUCUGGGGUGAAAAAGUAGAAAGAAGAGAGAGAUCUGAUAAUAUUAAAUUAGAAGAGGAGCGAUUAAAGAGAGAGCACUGUGAAUCAAUGAUACAACAAUUGCAAAGGAAAAUCCUCGAACAACAAGAAAAGCUAGCUGUUGCAAUGAAGGUAGAUAAAGCUAAAGAUGCAGCUAUUACUAAGCUACGGGAGGCAUGGCUUAAACUCACCAAUAACCUCGAUAAGGCAGAAGAGAGACACAGAAAUGCAUUGGAGAGGAUGACCCAAGAAGUUGAUAACUUUAAACUUGUUGCUCAAGAUGCUCAAAAGAAAACUAACCAUUUUGAGACAGAAUUGUAUAAGGCAUUGGAUUUGGCCCAUGACUAUCAAGAGAAAUGCAAGCAGCUUACAGCAGAAAAGGAGGAACUAAAUCAAAACAUGGAGAAGGAGCUUAACAACAGAGAUGAAUUAGUUAAAACAAAAGAAAGGGAGAUUAAUGUGUUAAAAGAAAAUUGUGAAACUGUUAUGCGGUUGAAUAAGCAGUCAACAGAUUGUGUAAGAAAUGUUGAAGAGGCUUUGGAUAAGGAAAAAUUGGAGCAUGAAAUGACAAGGAGUAAAAUAAAUGAAUUGAAUUCAAAAAUGCUACAGUUGGAAGAAGCUAAAUCUUUAGUUGAACAAGAAAGAAAUGUUUUGAAGGAAAAAGUAAAUGAAGAGAGGUCAAGAUGUAAUAUACUAGAACAUCAAUUAUGUGAUAGUCAGAACCAGCUCAGUGAUCUGUUGAGGAAAUGUGAUAGUUUAGACAAUGAAGCAAAGUCCCUUCACAAGCAUUUGGAAUUACAGAAGACAGAACUAAAAAACCACUACCAGCAACAACUGGAAGAAGCCGUUUUAGGCAAGCUUCAGGAGUUUCAGAGGCAGCUGGAUCUGGCUGAAAGGGAUAUGGAAAGUGCUUCACGGACAAAAGAACACGCAAUUGUCGAUACUUACAACAAACAGAUUGCGAGGAUAGAGGAACAACAUCGCCUUGAAGUAAAUGUUUUAGAGGAAAAGCAAAGGGAAGAGAUUAAGUUAUGUAGACUGCAGCUUGCGCAAGCCACUGAAAAGAUUGGAUUACUCGAGAGCAAACUUGAGAACUACCGCCGUCGUCGCGGCCAGAUCGCUUCGCAACUACACAGUAUAAUGGAGGCACAAUGGCGACAAGCACUUCAGAUAUUAACUAACGGACAGAACUCCUCAUAUAGGCCGCCAUCCGAGUUUGAAAGGACUGAUACUGUAUGCACACCAUACCCUCAAGAGUACGUCCCGCCGAAGAUUCCUCCACUUACAAUGCCGCCGCUAGAGAAACUGCUCCGUGGCUCUGAACAACAUGCGCAGGCGCACACCACCCAUCCUAACAGUCGCGAUAUCAACUUUGAAGAACUGAGCGAUAACGAGCUCCAGCAAUAUGUAAAAAUGUUACUGACAAAGCCACCGAAUCUCGAUCUGAGCGAUCAUAAUAUUGGGAGGGAUCGACAAUGUAGCGAGCAACCCACUAGCGAUCGAGUAGAUAAAAUGGAAAGGUUUGACCGAAUGGAUAAAAAAGAUAAAACAAAACCACACAAUUCUAAUAAACCACCUUGGAAGUCAUAA